AUGAGCUCGGACACUUCUGAGCCUGUCCUACUCGACAAGCCAGACGACGAGUCGCCGCCGCCUAGCAGACCCGUCCCUCUCACACGACAGUCAACGUUGACGCCUAAAAAGUGUUGGGUGUGUUUGGGUACACAAGACGAGGAUGAUCCGAACAACCCUCCAGUCUGGCGGUCGCCAUGUACGUGCUCCCUGACCGGGCACGAAGCAUGCUAUCUGGACUGGAUUGCAGACGUCGAGAACCCCAAGAAGAAGCCUAGAGGCGACACCACCAUCCGUUGCCCACAAUGCAAGACAGAGAUCAAAGUGGCACGGCCGUCAAGUCGCGCGUUAGAUGUCGUCAAGGCGCUCGACCGCGCUUUCGCUAAAGCGACACUACCAGGACUCGCCGGCGUCAUCAUUGGAAUGAUCACGACGGGCGCAUGGGCUCAUGGCUUUCAAUCCAUGUAUUUCGUGUUCGGACCAGACGAGGCAGCACGUAUCUUCCUGCAGUCGAACACGAUUCAGCUCUGUCUCUAUCCGCUGAUUCCGCUCAACCUCAUCGCUGCACGCACGCGAUACGCAGAUCCUGUACUCCACACCGGCACAUUUGCACUGCUCUAUUCACAAAUCAACCAGCAUGGAUUCCAGCUCGACCUUACCAUCUGGCCGCCUCUACCAAGCACGGUCUUCAUCUGCUUGCCCACGGUUCGCAGAAUAUACAAUUGGUCAUACGAGAAGCUAUUUGGGGAAUUCAACAAGCGCAUGAUCCAAGCCGUCCAGCCGCAGGCAACACAGCCCAUUGACACCGAAGAAGCCAACCUACAAGAAAUCGCGAAUCAGAACGCUAUUGCUGAAGCUGAAGAGGCCGAGAUCGUGCUUGAGCUACAGGUCGAUAUCGGAGACGGUGAGGUGGAAGUACAAGCCGAAGCCGUCGAGGCCGGUAACGAGGGCGAAGCCAAUCCCGAGCAAGGCAACAACGGCAAUCAAGCGCACGUUCACCAGAUCGGCGAAAUUGUAGACGGCCUCGGCUUCGGAAGUAACCUUCUUGGAGCGCUGGCGUUUCCAUAUGUCUCAGCUGCCAUGGGCUAUGCUCUCAAUCUCGCACUUCCCAAGUCCUGGACGAGUCCACUACCCGGAUCAUUCUUCAGGUUCGGUAAACGUCCUGGUCUACUACAGAGUCAAUGGGGGAGGAGUGUGGUUGGUGGUGCUAUCUUCCUGGUGUUGAAGGAUGCUCUGCUGCUUUAUUCGAGGUGGAAACAAGCGCAGUCUCAUAAGCAGCGAAGAGUUGUCGACUACGACAAGAAGACAAAGAGGUACUUGGAUGGGUCAUGA